UUAUACACAACCAGUUAAUAAAGUUCACAGGCAGCAAGUCAAGUCUCGCCCGCGAAGAAGAACGAAACGAGAAGAAGAGGAAGAGAGUAGAGAAGAAAGAUGGGAGAGAGAAAGGUUUUGAACAAAUAUUAUCCACCGGAUUUUGAUCCGUCUAAGCUUCCCCGAAUCCGACGACCAAAGAACCAGCAAAUUAAGGUUCGAAUGAUGCUUCCUAUGAGCAUCCGAUGCAAUACCUGCGGUAAUUAUAUCUAUAAAGGCACCAAAUUCAAUUCUCGCAAGGAAGAUGUUAUUGGUGAGACGUAUUUGGGAAUUCAAAUUUUCAGAUUUUAUUUCAAAUGCACUAGAUGCUCUGCUGAGCUUGCCAUGAAGACUGAUCCUCAGAAUUCUGAUUAUGUUGUUGAGAGUGGCGCUACACGAAAUUUUGAACCCUGGCGUGCUGAGGAUGAGGAAGCGGAUAAGGAGCAAAGAAAAAGGGAUGCUGAGGAGAUGGGUGAUGCGAUGAAAUCAUUGGAGAAUAGGACUUUGGAUUCUAAGAGGGAGAUGGACAUUCUUGCUGCUCUUGAUGAAAUGAAAUCUAUGAAGUCAAGACAUGCUACUGUGAGUGUUGAUGCAAUGCUUGAGGCCUUGCAGCGCACAGCUGUGGAUAAGGAGAAAAAAUUGGAAGAAGAGGAUGAAGCACUUAUAAAAUCCAUAUUUGAACGGAGGCCAAAGGAGGUUGUUCGGAGGAUUUCUGAUGAAGAUUUUGAUGAUGAUGAUGAUGAUGAGUUUACAAAUGGCAAUGGUGAAACAUCAAAGAGGAGAAAGAUAUCUGAUGAACUUCCUAGUAAACCUACAGAUUCACUGACAAAGGACAAUGUUUUAGAGGGUUCUGAGAACAGAGAAAAUUCGAGUGGUCCAGAGAGUAAGACCGAUGCCAAACGCAACUUGAUCGCUCCAAUGGUGCGGAUUUCUGUCAUCAAGAAACCGGUGGCGACUUCCGAUAGUAACAAGCCAGGUAUAGCCGAAGAGCACAAACAAUUAGAGAGAGAAAGUAAUGGCACAAGUACUGGACUCCUAUCAUUGUGCCAAAACUACGAUAGCGAUGACGAUUAAUUAAUAACUGUAUUCUGAAUCAACCUUACAUCUUUAGUUUUCGUAUAGUGGAAUGAUUGAAUGAUAUGAUCAAACCAUGAAUGGAGCUAACUUUUAGUGUUCUUUAUCUUAUUUUGUUGAACAGGCAAGAGAUUUUUUUUUUUUUUUUUAAUUUUAAUGUAAUUAGCUAAUUAUGCCACCAACUUGUUGGCAGUAAUAUCCUUUUCUUGUCUUCUCUA